UGCAAGUAAAGUAUGGUAUACAGCACUAUACACACAGACCCUUUACUCCCUCCCCUUUGUCCGCUACGUGCACGUUCCACACACGCGCAGAUCAUAAAUCAGCUACUGCAAUUAUGAAUCAACGACCCAGAUCAAAAUCACCCACCUCUUCAUUCUUCACUCGUUCUUCCCCGUAUGUAAAAACCCUAACUAUAUUCAAGAUGGGUCGAAAAGCCUUUUUGAAGCCAACCCUGUUGUUCACUAUCUUGUUUCUGCUAGCCCUUUUCGCCUUUUUGAGUAUCAACACUUCGAGGUAUGAUUCUGAACCGACCCAUUUUGAAAUUCAAGAAAAAGGGUUGAAAAUUGAUGGGGGGUUGGGUGUGAAAAAGGUUAGGGUUUAUAUGUAUGAUUUGCCUAGGAGGUUUACUUAUGGGGUUAUUGAGAGCUAUGCAAAGGCUAGGAAUGGAGAUUUGUUGAAGCUGAAGUACCCUGGGAAUCAGCAUCCUGCUGAGUGGUAUAUUUUUGAUGAUUUGAACCGGGUCGGGUCGGAGAGGGUCGGGUCUCCGGUGGUCCGGGUCAUGGAUCCGGAUGAGGCUGAUUUGUUCUAUGUGCCCUUCUUUUCGUCUUUGAGUUUGGUGGUGAAUCCAAUUAGGCCAGCUGGGACGGUGGGGCCCAGUGUGGUGUAUAGUGAUGAGGUGAUGCAGGAAGGGUUGGUUGAGUGGUUGGAGGAUCAGGUAUAUUGGAAGAGGAAUAAUGGGUGGGAUCAUGUUUUUAUUUGUCAGGAUCCUAAUGCUUUGUUUAAGGUGGUUGAUAGAGUGAAGAAUGGGGUGUUGUUGGUUUCGGAUUUCGGGAGGUUGGGCCGUGAUCAGGCUUCGUUGGUUAAGGAUGUGAUUUUGCCUUAUUCGCAUCGGAUUAAUACGUUUAAGGGUGAUGUUGGUGUUGAGAAUCGAAAAUCUUUGUUGUUCUUUAUGGGCAAUCGUUAUCGGAAGGAGGGAGGAAAAAUUCGAGACAUGCUUUUUAAAUUACUUGAAAAUGAAAGAGAUAUUGUUAUAAAACAUGGUGCACAAUCAAGAGAGAGUCGGCGUAUGGCUACACAAGGCAUGCAUACUUCAAGAUUCUGUUUACAUCCGGCUGGUGAUACUCCAUCGGCAUGUCGACUCUUUGAUGCUAUUGUGAGCUUGUGUGUUCCAGUUAUAAUUAGUGACUAUAUUGAGUUACCUUUUGAAGAUGUCAUAGACUACAGGAAGAUUGCUGUCUUUGUGGAUACAAAAUCUGCUGUAGAGCCAGGUUACUUGCUGAAGUUGCUCCGGAGUAUUAAUGCUGGGAGAAUUUUGAAGUACCAAGAAGAGAUGAAAAAGGUGAAACAUUACUUUGAGUACGAGGAUCCAGAUGGAACCGUCAACGAGAUCUGGCGCCAAGUCUCCUCGAAACUCCCUCUGAUUAAACUGAUGAUCAAUCGUGACAAAAGGCUUGUAAAGAGGGAGUUGACUGAACCAGACUGCGCAUGUAUGUGCUCGAACCAGACAGGAAUCCAUACCACGUAAUGAUGCUCCUGAUAUAAGAAUAUUCCACAUUGCUCACAGACUAUCAGUGAAUUUUUUUAAUAUAUCUGGUUGAGAGGGGUGUUCGUCGGAAUCUUUCUUAAUUACUCAAAUCAGAUGGGGUUGAUGAUUAAAUCCUGUUAUUCGCACUUAUUCUUUGGGUACUUGCUGAUGCCCGACAGAGAGCAACUAAUUAGUACACUCUACAGAGGUCUUUUUUGAAAUUACAUCCAUUGUUGUUAUGUAGUUCAUGCUCCACCUGGAGAUGUUUAUCUCAUAUCUGUAACCAAUGUAGUUAAAAGUUUGCAUUUAUUUUUGUAACUAUUACUCAGUUGUACAUGGAAAUAGAAAGUGAAAAAUAAUCCUCUUCUACGGCC